AAGUGGAGGAGGAGGAGGAAGAAGAGGAGGAGGAGGAAGAAGAGGAGUAGGAGGAGGAAUUUGGGGAGGAGGAGGAAGAGGAGGUGGAAGAGGAGGAGGAGGAAGAAGAGGUGUAAGAGGAGGAGGACAAAGAGGAGGAGGAAGAGGAGGAGGAAGAAGAGGAGGAAGAAGAGGAGGAAGAGGAGGUGGAAGAGGAGGAGAAAGAGGAGGAGGAAGAAGAGGAGGAGGACGAGGAAGAGGAGGAAGAGGAGGAGGAAGAGGAGGAGAAGAGGAGGAGGAAGAGGAGGAGGAAGAGGAGGAGGAAGAGGAGGAGGAAGAGGAGGAGGAGGAAGAGGAGGAGGAAGAGGAGGAGGAAGAGGCGGAGGAAGAGGAGGAGGAAGAGGAUUAG